CUAAAACCUGGUACCAAACCAAACCUCUUGCUCUUCUUGCUUUGCUUUGCUCACCAUGUUGAAAGUAAAAACUCCGAGAAAUCAUAGGGUUAGGCGUGAGCUCGAGAAGCGAGCUCCCAAGCUCGUCGAGAAUGGGAAGAAGACGCUGAUACUUCACGGUACAAAGACCAGUGGUGUUUUGAACGAGGUUUUGAAAGAAAUAUACCAUUUGAAGAAAGGAAAAGCCGUCAAGUUCAGCCGCAAGAACGAGAACAUCAAGCCUUUUGAAAACGGUGGCGAGACCUCUUUGGAAUUCUUCUCUAUGAAAACCGAUUGUAGCAUUUUCGUGUAUGGUUCUCACUCAAAGAAGCGGCCCGAUAAUCUUGUUAUAGGUAGAACUUAUGACCACCACAUCUAUGAUCUCGUGGAGGUUGGGGUUGAAAAUUUCAAACCAAUGGAGUCAUUCAAAUACGAUAAGAAAUUAGCUCCACUGAUUGGAUCAAAACCUAUGAUUGCUUUUGUUGGAGAGGGAUUUGAGAAUGUAGAGGAGCUCAAACAUUUUAAAGAAGUUUUGCUUGAUCUUUUGCGGGGAGAGGUUGUGGAGAAUUUAAAUCUUGUUGGGUUAGACCGUGUGUAUGUCUGUACAGCUAUAUCUUCAAAUAGGGUAUUUCUUUCUCACUGUGGACUGCGGCUAAAAAAGUCUGGCACAAAAGUACCGAGGAUGGAAUUGGUAGAGGUUGGCCCCUCCAUGGAUCUGGUAGUUCGUCGACAUCGUCUUCCUAAUGACAGCCUUAAGAAAGCAGCCAUGAAAACAGCCAGGGACCAGCCUAAGAAGAAGGUGAAAAAUGUUGGUGAUGAUGCAGUAGAGGGCAAGAUUGGAAAGAUAUACAUUCCAGAUCAGAAGGUUGGUGAAAUGGCUGUAAUUGACAAAUCCAAAGGUGUGAAGAGAGAGCGCCGUGAAGCUAAGUUGAAAAAAGGUGAUCACGAGCAUGUGUCAAAAAAGCAGAAAGAAGAUUCAACAUAGAGCUCCUGCAGCUGUAGCUUUGCAUUUUGGCCAAUGUUCUUUUUGAUUGAGAGGGUGUCCAAGGGUGAAGCAGAUAUAAGGGGCAUGAGAUAUCUCUCCUUCCAUUGUUUCUUAGCUUAUUUUCUUUUGUUGUCUAUUUUGGUAUUUAAUCUAGGAUGCUCUAUACCGCUUAUUUGUAUUUUUUUCCCCCUACCAAAUCUAAAUUAUAUUAUAAGCGAUGAAACGGAAAUAUAGGUAAUGGUGGCCUACAUGGCAUAAUUACAAUUUUGUAUUUUACUUGGUCCAGGUGCCGGAUAAAGCUUUGAUGCCAAGCAUGCCUUAGCUGCUAAAUGUGGCUUCACAAGUGGAGUUCAUAA